AUGUUCAAUUUGCAGGUGCUCGGGGUGCUUCAAGCACUAGGGAGAGGAAACUGCUUUGCUGAUGUCGCAAACUUCUCCUUGAUGAGCCGGACAACGGCGGAGCAGUCGUUUCACCGGUUCUGCCACUGCUUCGCCGCUGGUCUUUGGCGCACCUGGAUACGUCUCCCGGAGGGAGAGGAUCUCCGACGUGUUGAGAGCACCUACAGAUCUCUUGGGUAUCCGGGAGCCGUGGGGUCAAUCGACUGCACCCACGUACCAUGGGAGCGCUGUGCGUUUUCGGAGACCACAACCCACAAGGGCAAAGAGGGGUACACGACGGUCGUGUUCGAGGCGAUCUGCGACCAUGCUGGUCGCAUCCUCGCGUCGACGAAGGGGUACCCGGGGGCCGAGAACGACAAGACAGUCGUGAUCUACAAGUACGAGAUGUACGACGAGACCGGCGACGUGACGAAGCACACGGGGGGAUGGCUCAUCGCCGACGGGGGCUACCAUCGGGUCCCCCUUCUGAUAUGCCCGUUCAAGGUGUAUGCGAACGUGGCGGAGCAGCAGUGGAGCAAGAGGUUGGAGUCAGUUCGCAAGGACAUGGAGUGCUUGUUCGGACGACUCAAGGGGCGGUUCAGGCUCUUCAAGACCGGGAUUUUGUUCGGCGACCGGACAAAGAUCGACGACGCACGGUUCACCGCUUGCAUCAUCCACACCAUGCUCGNUCCAUGCCCACAGGCAACGUCUGCAUAGGGUGUGGGUAAAAGUAUAUUG